AUGUGCAAAUCUAACAUGCUAUUAUCCAUGAAACCCUCCUACAUAAAAUCUAUCAAUACAUUUAAACGUUCUCCCUGGCUAACGAAAGUAAUAAGCAAAAAACUUAGAUUGUUCGUUUACCUCUGCGUUUCAUUUGAGCUACAAUUAUGCUCCCACCAUGCAAUUAUAUGUCCAGAUAAAGCCAACGCGUUAGAAAAAAACACUUUGGUUGCAUUUAGUUGCAUUCAUUAUGAGAUAAGUCGUCCAAUUAGUAAUAGUCCAAAAAUUAAAGCUAGUUGUAAAUGGGAACAUAGCGGCAUGUUUAUCAAGAGUAAUUUUGACGUUUCAUUCCUAUGCGUUAACAGCAAAAAAGAUAAUAAAACCCAAUACAUAGUAAUAAUAAAAAUUCAAAGUUGGAGUCGGUUAAUGAAGAUAAAGCUUCGUCUUCAAAAGCCUAGGCAGAGUACUGUAUCUCAAAUAAGUUCUGGAAGUCUUGCAACUUCACCGAAGGCAAUAUUUAAACGCUUUCAUUGGGAAAAAGUUUUCUUAAACUGUACAUCGAAAUACGGAGAGGUGUUUUGGCAUCUAUUUGUGGAAAUUAGGACAGCCUUAGGUAGAUCUUUAUCUGUUUCAGUAGAGUUUGAGAAACCACGCGCUACUGGAGCAUAUGUGGUAAUAAUUCCAUUUAAUGCUUUGUUGAAAGUGGGUUCACCUGAAUACAAAAUGGAUUCUUUUAGUGACGAUGUAAUAAAGGAAAUUCGACGACUUAAUAACAUCCCAGAAAAUGAAGAAAAUCCGGAUGAUCUUGUGGAAAAACUGCACUAUUUUUUACAAGUUUGCCUUCAAAUAAAUUGCUUAGGACAUUGCACCAAACUAACAAAACUAUGGAUUUGCGAAAGUGGAUUAGAAUCGAUGAAAGGUCUCAACUGUGCUACCAGACUGGAAGAGUUGUGCUUGUAUGACAACAGACUAAAGGUUAUAGAAGAACUGGAGGGAAUGAAUUCACUUUGUCGACUUUGGUUGAACAACAAUGACAUAUCAUUUCUGACAGGUUUGCAAAACCUGCAAGGAUUGUGCGAUCUCAACGUGGCUGGGAACCAAAUCAGUCGUUUGGAUGCCUCUCUCAUUCCUUGUACAAAAUUGGAGUCCAUCAAUCUCUCAGGAAACAACUUUUAUGAUCUGCCAGAUGUGCUUUCUCUUGCUCUAUUGCCGAAAUUGCGGUUAUUGAGAAUUAAUGAUGCCGAAUUUACUCCAAAUCCAAUUUCCUCAUUGCCUUAUACUUCUUUGGCUCUAGUGUACCACAUACCCCAACUCUGUAGUAUCGAUGGAAUGGACUUGAGGGAGCCAUUUGUUAGUUUUCUGCAAUCUCUCAUCCGUGAGAAAAAGUUAUUUUACUUUGCAAAAUCCCGUCAUCGACAUAAUUUUCUCCUUAGAACGCAACGAACUCUCCUGAUCUUGAAGAAACGCCUUUCAAUACCCAUCAUUGAGCGUCUUCGACUUUUAGAUCUUCAAAUCAGAUUGCUAGAAGCCUACGUUAACCGACUGAUAAAUUUACGAGAAAGCACUUCAAAGGAGAUCAAAGCACUCCACCAAUCUUUGGGCAAAAUUAGAGUUCGAAGUUGUUGGUGGAAGAACAAAUUGAGUAUCUUAGAAGCCGAAUAUGAGUACUACACAUCGGCGUUAUCAGUUAAGUUUAAAAUAAACCAGUGUCUUCACACCGCUGAGCUUCAAAUGUUCGGCUGCCUCACAAUCAGUCAGAUUGAUCGUUCUGCCGAACUUUUCAACCUAUGUAGACGUUUCUGUCAAAUGAGAAUGUGCUGGCAUGAUCGAUGCUUGGAGGGUUUUUCCGAACUACGUUUGAACAAUCUGUGGCAUAUCCGAAAUGAUCUUUUAAACAAUUAUUGCCAAAAAAACCAGACUAAUGGAAAUUUUAAAGAGGAGCUUCUUUUUUACAAUUGCCUCUUCUCCUCUGACAUUGAUUUCUGUCACUUGGGCGAAUUUUUGCGCUCCGGAUUUCCUAGUGAUGGCAUUGUUGGAAGUUUUAGUUUCACCACACUUUUGAGCAGGCUAUUAAAACUUGAUUCUUUUCCAAUUGAAAAGGCUUUUAACUCCUCGUUCGUCAUCUUAGUGGUUCGAGCUCUCACAAAAGAAGGAAGUAACUGUGUUCGUACUGGAAUCAUCCUAUCUCCAAAAAACGCCACUUUUACAAAUGGAAAAAAGAGCUUUUGUGCUUGCGCCAUUGCCCACUUUGAAUAUGCGUUCAGUGAGACUGCCUGCUUAAUCCCUGAAUUCCUUGCUGAAUUGGAGCUCAUUUCAACCUCCUCAUUAUCUCAAAUGUCGGCAUUUAUGAAUAGGGAUAGUAGUCGUGCGUCGACAAUAACGGAUUCUAUUGAAAGCUUAAGCUCGCAUGGAAUAAAUCGGGAUAGUGAGGUCUUAAAAGCCAAACCUGAUAUUCCCUCGCCUCCAGAUUUAUCUGAGAAGGAUGUGAAGAAUGCGUUGCGUAAUCCCUGGUUCGGUUCUAUCUCUGGACAAACUUUGGAGGCGAUAACAGAGCUUAAUUUUCAUGGUACAGGUUUUCAAUCAUUUAGAGGUCUUCAAGAACUCCCCAUCUUGAGAACUUUAAUACUUUCCAACUGUGGAAUAACGAGUCUGAAGGAGUUGAGCUUGCCUUUCUUGGAGACACUUGACAUCAGCCACAAUGCUCUGCACUCAUUGAAGAGUUUGGGCAGUUGUCCAUCUCUUCUUACCCUCGAUGCGAAUUGGAAUUUACUCAGCAACUUGGAAGUGGAAGUGAGACAUCUUUUAUGGGUUGCAGGAAACCUUGCUACACUUCGACUGGAGUAUAAUCCGUGGUUCAGAGAUGAACGAGUAUCCGAACGUGCACAAUCUCUCCUAUCUUCCUUGUCACCGACUUCGAAGGUUUGCUUUGAGAAUCAGUCUUAUGAUGUGGAAGUUUUUCGGAGGACCCACAUCUUUACCACUUCAAGGAACUAUAUGCUCACUCUUUGGCCUGUUCUGGGCAUGCUUUUACGAAAGCUCUCUGGUCAAGUUCCAAAUCUCGAUUUUUUUAUGCAAUCCACCCGCCUUUCGACUCAUCCUUUCACAUUCUCCAAGACCACAUUAGGAAGUUUGACGGCACUUACCUUGAACAAUGUAAACUUGAUGGAAUUGGGCUCUCUGUGCUUCUUGGAUCACCUGCAAGAACUGUCUGUGGAAGGUAACAGCCUCACAUCUCUUAAUGACCUCCAACACUUUCCCAAACUACGAACUCUCCUUGCGGCCAAUAACUUAAUCUCCUCGAUUGCCAACUGCAGUUUCAAUAACAUGACAAAUUUGCAGGUCUUAGCUUUGGAUAACAAUGAAAUAGUUAAUCUAACGCCUCUGACAGAUUGUUUGUCUUUGAAACAACUCUUUAUUUCAAGUAACAGGAUAACCAAUUAUCAAUCAGUACUAGCACUGAGUGACCUACCUGAUUUGAGGGUUGUCGACCUACGUUUUAAUCCCUUAAAAACACAACUCUCGAGGUAUCGUCUACGAACCGUCUACCAUCUACCUCAUCUUGCUUUUCUUGACGGUGUGGAGGUGAAUAUUAGCGAAGUAAAUGAGGCUAGAGAAGCUUUGGACGGUCGUCUAUCUACAGACUAUCUUUUGGCUUCUCUGGGGUUGGAGUCACCAGGCCGAGUGACUCAUUACAACUGCGAGGAUGGUGGUAUACGUUCUGUUGAAUUAGCACCAUCAGAGGCUUUCUUUAAUCUCCACACUCUCAAUCUGCAGAAUAACCGACUCACUUCAUUCGAAGGUUUACUUCAACUGGAAAAUCUUGAGGUUCUCUGGCUUCCUGGAAACAAAAUUUCAACCCUUUGUAGCGGUAUCUCCGGUCGUGAUACGAAAGUUACAUAUCUGCCCAAAUUAGCUGUCUUAUCGCUAGCGCAGAAUGAUAUAACCUCUCUCGUUCCCCUUCAUCUCAAUAGAUUUCCAGCUCUGCGUACCCUCUUCCUCCAGGAUAACGCCAUAUCCACACUAAGUGGUCUGGUAGAAAUGGACAAUUUGCGUCAUCUAGUGCUCGAUCGCAAUAAAUUUAGGAAACUUCUGGCUGCAGAAUUCAUCGGUCUAAGUCGAUUGGUGGAGCUUCAUUUGGAAGGCAACCGUCUGCGUGAAAUUCCAUCAAUGGAACACUUGGAGGAAUUGUGUCAUCUUUACCUUGGUGAAAAUAAGCUGGAACACCUCGUGAACACAUUGGAGAGUUUUGCACCACUCAAGAGCCUCACUCACCUUGGGCUCCACAAGAAUCCCCUUUCAAAGUCACCAUCCUACAGGCUGCUUGUGUGUCAUCAUUUGCCACAACUCCAGUGUCUCGAUGCCAUUGAUGUCACUCCACGGGAGUCUCAAACCGCUGCGAAUUUGUUUGCCUAUACGGAGGAGCAAUUGCCAAUAAAUGCCGCCUUCGAAUCGGAACAAAUUCUACUUAGCCCCGUGGUUCGAGAGAAGCAAUUGUCAAAACCAAUUUGGAGAAGCAUGGCAAAUGUCCGAUUUAAUCUUCCCUCGGUGACAAAAUUGCCCGAAAAUUUACCACCUGGAAUGACCUCUAAACAAGCGGGUGAUGGCACUGCCUCAACAAUGUCCUUACUCAUUCCAUCAGCUACAGCCCUUUUCCCCUCUGCAUUCAAUAAAAACUUGCCACAGCGAAGACGAACUGUGGAGCCCAAUAACGUUUCAAGGGCGACCGCAAUGAGGAAUAACUGCAAACGAAUUGUGAUGUCCAUUCCGGGAGUAAGCAUAAAUGCAAUGGCCCACUUUGAUUCUCACACACCAGAUGGACCCAAUACCGAGCGCGCAGACGAGUCUGCGGCUGUUGGUCUUUAA